AUGUGUGUCUUUUUCUCUUUCCAGGCUUCCGAUUUCGAAGCACAUCCAAGGAUUUGCCUGGAAGAGGGAGGUGAUUUGAUCCAGCCUUGUGCCUGUGAGGGUUCCAUGCGCUGGGUGCAUGCAGAGUGCUUGGCGGAGUGGUGGAAGCACAGGUCUGCCGGUGGCGUGGAUCUUCCAACAUCUGGCAGCAACCUGCGGUGUGAUAUUUGUGGCGAGGACUUCGCACUCAAACGUCAAGCUUGCCAUUUGAACCUUCUUGGGUUCCUGCGACGUCGCCUCGUGGAAUGCUGGCAACAUGCACCCAAUCCAUUCUCGGAGAUGCGCGAGAUCUUGCGCGAGAACCACGAGAACCGGCUACGCUUCCGCUCACACUUCAAAGAGCACCUCAGUGGCACCUUUCUCUUUGUGUUGUCGAUGUGGUGGGCUGUGUCCGCCAUGCGUGUUCCAGCAACGAAGACAUCGAACGCGGCUUCUGCGAUUCACACGGACGCGCUCAGUCCAGGCAUGUUGAGGUUCAUGGAAGUUGGUUGCUGGGCUUUUCCGUGCGCCUUGUGGUUCUUUGUUCUGGUUCUGGCUGUGACCAGUGAGCGUCAGACUUGUCAGUGGACCCCCCGUUGCAUCAUCUUGGACCAGCAACAGUGGGAGCGCCUCUUUGUGACGCUGGGCAUCUUUUUAUUGUUGGCCGCGAGCUUUGGCACCUUCGCCAACGGACUGGGCCCCGGCUUGCAGACGCAUCCAGCGUUGGCCAGUUGGAACUUGCCGGCGGUGUUGUCGCCCGUGGUGCCUUUGAUGAUCAUGAAAGCUGAACGGCGGUGGUUGUGGUAUCUUUGGCCUCCACAGGAGGACUUGUUGCAGGUUCAAGCACACUUGCCGUACAUGCUGGGCAUCUCAGUCAUCACCAUGAGCAACCUACUGACCGUUGGCUUCAUGUCUUUGACUCAACACGUAGUUGUCGCGAUGUUGGAGGCCUUACCGAACGUGGCACAGGCACAGCAGGCGGAAGAGAACAAUCUGAAGCAACAAUAUGCCAUAUUCAAGCUUCUGAUAGCUACCCAUGUCCUGGGUAGCAUGCUGGCAAGCGUCCAUUUUCCCAUGUUGUUGCGUAGCAUGCGUGCUGCAGGUGAGGAGCAGCUGUUUGUGCAAGUGAACAUGUGGUCACGCUUGGGAGCACUUGCAAUCUUCAUCGCCAUUGGAGAUGGGAUCUGGCUUGCCAUCUAUGGUUCUCCUUGGUGUAUUUGCAUUGUUCAGUUGUGGUGUGUCUCAUUUGUAUGUCUAUGUCGCUUGCUGGGCGCAUCUCCCUUCACUGACGCUGCGGCCAUCCUUCUUUCUCCCCUGAGACGCUUGAGAACGAGAUUUCACUUGCAGCUCGUGAGGGAUUCGCUGCAGACUGGACACCUCUCCUUCACCAAUCGGCGGAAGUUGCCCAACGUCUCGCCUGACCAAAAGGAACACUUAGCGGCGGUGGCUGAGGGCUUGGGGACCUCCUCCAAAAACAUCGAAUGUGUGCUUGAGAUUGUGGAUCAGGGCGCCUGUGGUUCCUGCUGGGCUGUGAGUGCCACUACGGUGCUCAACGCGCACAGUGAGAUCCACCGGAAGCGCGUGAGGCGCUUCUCCACCCAGGAGAUGAUCAACUGCGUGCCGAACCCCCAGGAGUGCGGUGGACAGGGAGGCUGCCAGGGCGCCACGGUGGAGCUGGGCAUCGCCUGGGCGGUGCAGAACGGCUUGAGCGAAGAGCAGCAAUUGCCCUACACCGCGGCCGAUGGGCACUGCCAGAAGACGUCCUUCUUGGAGAAUAAGGGCUUGCGCGGCUCCGUCAUGGGGGGUGCAUCCUUCGGUUUGGCCGGCUUCCACGUGCUGCCCAGCAAUAAGGAAGAGCCAUUGGCGCGGGCACUUGCAGAGCUAGGACCUGUGGCCGUCUCGGUGGCAGCGAACAAUUGGUUCAACUACUACAAUGGCGUCUUCGAUGAUUGCGACAACAUCGUGAACCAUGCGGUGACCCUCUACGGCUAUGGCAAGCAAGGGGCCGACAAGUACUGGCUGGUGAAGAACUCCUGGGGCCCCGAUUGGGGCGAAAACGGCUUCAUCCGCAUCUUGCGCCACAGCAGCGAAGACACCUUCUGUGGCAUGGACACCGAUCCCUCCAAAGGUGUGGCGUGCAAGGGCGGGCCCAAGGAGGUCGAGGUCUGUGGCACCUGUGGGAUCCUUUACGACUCCGUGGUGCCUCGCUUCGAGGAUUCCAAGGACGCCUAG